AUGUCUUAUAGUUUGCCUAAGGAACACAGACACCUUGUUGAAGGCUCCUUGUCUGAAACCGAUCCAGAAGUUAACUCGAUCAUCAAUGAUGAAAUCUCAAGACAGAAACACUCGAUUGUUUUGAUUGCCAGUGAGAAUUUUACAACUAAGGCAGUCUUCGAUGCGUUGGGAACUCCCAUGUGCAACAAAUAUUCUGAAGGGUACCCUGGUGCCCGCUACUACGGAGGUAAUGAGCAUAUUGACAGAAUGGAGAGGUUGUGCCAGGAACGAGCAUUGAAAGCCUUUCAUUUGUCUUCGGAAAAGUGGGGAGUCAAUGUGCAAACAUUAUCUGGAUCACCUGCUAACUUGCAGGUAUACCAAGCAAUCAUGAAACCGCAUGAGCGCUUGAUGGGGUUGGAUUUGCCUCAUGGAGGGCACUUGUCCCAUGGUUACCAAACUGACUCAAGAAAAAUCUCAGCUGUUUCGACUUAUUUCGAAACGAUGCCAUAUAGAGUUGACCUUAACACAGGACUUAUCGACUAUGAUAUGUUGGAGAAAACUGCUGUUCUUUACAGGCCCAAGGUUUUGGUCGCUGGGACAUCAGCUUAUUGCCGCUUGAUUGAUUAUAAGAAGAUGAGGGAGAUCGCGGAUAAAGUUGGGGCCUAUCUUGUUGUUGACAUGGCCCAUAUUUCUGGUUUGGUUGCUGCAGGUGUGAUCCCAUCGCCAUUUGAGUACGCUGACAUCGUGACUACAACUACGCACAAAUCUUUGAGAGGUCCAAGAGGCGCGAUGAUCUUUUUUAGAAGAGGCGUUAGAUCCGUAAAUCCUAAGACCGGGCAAGAGAUCCUUUACGAUUUGGAAAACCCCAUCAACUUCUCUGUUUUUCCCGGUCAUCAAGGGGGCCCUCAUAAUCAUACCAUUGCUGCUUUGGCGACCGCCUUGAAACAGGCAGCGACGCCUGAAUUCAAAGUGUAUCAGGAGCAAGUUCUUAAGAAUGCUAAGGUUUUGGAAAAUGAGUUUAUCAAGAAAGGUUAUCUGUUGGUUUCAAACGGUACGGACUCACACAUGGUUCUUGUCUCUUUAAGGGAUAAGCAAAUUGAUGGUGCGCGUGUCGAAGCUGUUUGUGAGCUCAUUAAUAUUGCUUUGAACAAGAACUCCAUUCCCGGAGAUAAGUCUGCUUUGGUGCCUGGCGGCGUAAGGAUUGGAGCACCUGCAAUGACCACUAGAGGAAUGGGCGAAAGCGAUUUCAAAAGAAUUGUUGAUUACAUCGACUUUGCGGUCAACCACGCCAAAGAAGUUCAGGCGAGCUUACCGAAGGAAGCAAACAGACUUAAGGAUUUUAAGGAAAGAAUCUCUCAAAAGGAUGAGAGACUCGAGUCAGUCAAAUCCGAGAUCUACAAUUGGGUAGGUACUUUUCCCUUGUCCGUGUGA